CUCCCAGCUAUUCUUAGGAGCCUCCCAGAAGCUCUGCACAGCCUGACCAGGCAGCAAGGGACACAGCAGAGGAAGCCGCUGCUGUCAACACCAGAAUGUCUUACAGUGUGACUCUGACUGGGCCUGGACCCUGGGGCUUCCGUCUUCAGGGAGGCAAGGACUUCAACAUGCCCCUCACUAUCUCCCGGAUCACUCCCGGCAGCAAGGCAGCCCAGUCCCAACUCAGCCAAGGCGACCUUGUGGUGGCCAUUGAUGGCGUCAACACGGACACCAUGACCCACCUGGAGGCCCAGAACAAGAUCAAAUCCGCCAGUUACAACCUGAGCCUCACCCUGCAGAAGUCCAAGCGUCCUAUUGCCAUCUCCACAACGGCACCUCCUAUCCAGUCCCCGCUGCCAGUGAUCCCUCACCAGAAGGACCCUGCUCUGGACACCAACGGCAGCCUGGCGACUCCCAGCCUCAGCCCUGAGGCGAGGGCCAGCCCAAGCACCCUGGGCGCCCUGGAUUUCGGGGACACCUUUAGCUCCUCCUUCUCCCAGACCUCUGUCUGCAUCCCACCCAUGGAGGCCCCGGAAUCUGUCCUUCCUCAGGGCAGCCCAAUGGCCAAAGCCAGCCCAGAGGGUGUACAGGGCUCAUUCAGCCCCAAAGUUCUGCCAGGCCCCAGCCAACCGAGGCAAUAUAACAACCCCAUUGGCCUGUACUCAGCAGAGACACUGAGGGAGAUGGCUCAGAUGUAUCAGAUGGGCCUCCGAGGGAAGGCCUCAGGUGCUGGACUCCUUGGAGGCGCCGACUACCAGGAACGCUUCAAUCCCAACGUCCUGAAGGACUCAGCCCUGUCCACCCACAAGCCCAUUGAGGUGAAGGGUUUGGGCGGGAAGGCUACCAUCAUCCACGCACAGUACAACACCCCAAUCAGCAUGUACUCGCAGGAUGCCAUCAUGGACGCCAUCGCUGGGCAGGCCCAGGCCCAGGGCAGUGACUUCAGUGGGAGCCUCCCCGUGAAAGACUUGGCGGUGGAUAGCGCCUCUCCUGUGUACCAGGCUGUGAUCAAAAACCAAAGCAAACCGGAGGAUGAGGCUGAUGAAUGGGCCCGCCGGUCCUCCAACCUGCAGUCUCGCUCCUUCCGCAUCCUGGCCCAGAUGACAGGGACAGAAUACAUGCAAGACCCUGACGAGGAAGCUCUGCGAAGAUCAAGGCCCCAGGCCUCUGGGUACAACCCAGCAACAGCCACUUCUCCAGCACCCUCUGCCCACACCAGCUACAGUGAGGGUCCUGCUGCCCCUGCACCCAAGCCCCGGGUUGUAACCACUGCCAGCAUUCGACCUUCUGUCUACCAGACAGUGCCUGCAUCUACCUACAGCCCAUCCCCAGGAGCCAAUUACAGUUCAGCUCCCUAUACCCCUUCACCUGCACCCACCUAUACCCCCUCACCUGCACCCACCUAUACCCCCUCACCUGCUCCCACCUAUUCUCCUUCCCCUGUACCAGCUUAUACCCCUUCCCCUGCCCCAAACUAUAGCCCUGCUCCCUCAGCAGCCUACAGCGGGGGCCCUGCAGAGUCUGCCAGCCGCCCACCCUGGGUGACUGACGACAGCUUCUCUCAGAAGUUUGCUCCUGGAAAGAGCACCACUUCUGUCAGCAAGCAGACCCUGCCCCGGGGGGCUCCAGGCUACAACCCAACAGGUCCACAGGUGACCCCUCUUGCCAGGGGCCUGUUCCAGAGAGCUGAACGCUUCCCAGCAAGCAGCCGGACUCCUCUCUGUGGGCACUGCAACAAUGUCAUCAGGGGCCCUUUUCUGGUAGCCAUGGGCCGCUCUUGGCACCCAGAAGAGUUCAAUUGUGCCUACUGCAAGAACUCCCUAGCAGAUGUGUGCUUCGUGGAGGAGCAGAACAACGUUUACUGUGAACGGUGCUACGAGCAGUUUUUUGCCCCGCUGUGUGCCAAGUGCAACACCAAGAUCAUGGGGGAAGUGAUGCGCGCUCUGAGGCAGACAUGGCACACUACCUGCUUCGUCUGCGCAGCCUGCAAGAAACCUUUUGGAAACAGCCUCUUCCACAUGGAGGAUGGAGAGCCAUACUGUGAGAAAGACUACAUCAAUCUGUUCAGCACCAAGUGCCAUGGAUGUGACUUUCCUGUGGAAGCUGGUGACAAGUUUAUCGAAGCCCUGGGGCACACCUGGCAUGACACCUGCUUCAUCUGUGCGGUCUGCCAUGUGAAUCUGGAGGGGCAGCCAUUCUACUCCAAGAAAGACAAGCCACUGUGCAAGAAGCAUGCGCAUGCUGUCAAUGUGUAGGGGCCCAGAGUAGCUGCUGCGGGCCAGUCCCCAGCUGCUCCUGCUGCCGACAAUGAAGGAGUCAAAGAUCUUUCUUCUGGGGGGAAAGGGGAUGAGAGGAACGAUUGAGCCUUUUGAAGUCUAAUUUUAGUCUUUUCUUGUACACACAGAUUGUGUAUUUGCGUAGUUCAGACCAGAAGCCAAAAGAAGAUUCUAAAACCAGGUAGUAAUUAAUCCACAGCUGGAACCACACUUCAGCCUUUUGGGAAAGGAUUCCAAGGAAUCAAAACUGAAAAACAAAAAAGCAAUGUUCAAAAAUGAUACACCUCCCCAGCCAUCGCUGCCAUCAGUGCAGGGACAGAGCUCAGGGCAGUUACCGAGAAUCCAAAACAUGCCGCGGAGUUCUUCUGCAGGGCUCCUUGGCAAACACAAGGAUGUGCCAAACAGUAUUUGCUGUGGGGUUAUUUUUAGAGCCGACACUGAGCGCUCCUUAGCUGAGACCCAUUGGGCCUUCCUCACCAAAAAAGGAAGAGUCGUUCCUUCAGCACCACAGAGCUUCCUCUGCGCAUCAGACUUCAGAUGUCAAACAAAGUGAAACAUGUACGGGAAGCCCAGAAACCUGAAGCGACGUCAGGCCACCACUGGGAAAAUGAAGAGGUUCCGGAAAGGUCUUUGGCUCAUGCCACAGGCAACCGAGAAAAGAUGGACUCUCUUUGCAUCCCCCCCUCCCUUCAGUCUGAAACAUCUAAUGUCCCUGGGAAGCUUUGCUCCUUCUGAAUUGUCAUGGGGAAGUGAACAGUGGGUUUUCCAGUUUUGCUUUACAAUGUGUCACAGAGUUUUGCAAAGGACUCUGGGUAGGGUUUAGCCUCGGUUUGGCUUGAAGAGGGUCCUGAGCAUGAAUGUCUCAUGCAUGUAUUUCACCCCCACCCAUGACUGCUCAUUGUGGGUGAGGGUAAAAUAUGUCUUCCACAGCCCUACUCUCAAACAGGCUCAAAGGAAAGAAAAGAGAGCCGGCGCCAAACACAGGGUGGCAGAGCAUUCUCUCAUGCCCAGCUGUGAGCGGGAAGAGUAGCUUGCUUUCUGCCAACCUCAGCAUGGGCUGCGAGAUGCCCGCUUUCAGGGCUGCACCGUGCUCUUCACUCGUUCCUUUAAAUGCAGCACACCAAUUGCAAUCGCGCUGAUUGCUGCAAGGAGGGGAAAAGAUACACUUGCCAUUUGGGCCGGUUUUUGGAAAUAGCAUUGAACUAGACCUGGCCUUCAGAGUCCUUUACAGAUACGUAGGGCUAGAUAGAAGUAGAGAAAGUGGCUCCUUUCUGGGUUGGAGAUGGUACAAUCACUUUUCUUUCUAGGAAGUGCUGUUAGGAAGGAUGUGCACUGGAAACGACAUUGGCGCAGGCUGUGUGUGUAUGUGUGUUUCUCACUGGAGCACAGUGUUCCGGCACUCUACAGCCUCACUGCCCCGCUCUCUUUACUCCUGUUUGGGAUUUUUCUCUUUGCAUGUUUGAAAUGCUUUAUGAGACUGCAUUCAAACUCUUCUUUCUUUUGAGGACUAAGGCUUUCAGGAGACUGUCGUCCUACUGAAGGGUGUCAGUCAGACAGAGCCUAGAUAGCCCAUGGUUUUUCUAAGUCAGGAAUCACCAGUCCCCUCUGGGCAACAUGGAGGACGGUUAGAACUGGGCUCCUACCAAGCGGCCCUUCUUUACUUUUGACUCAAAGCCCCAGGCUGGGUAAAUUCUGCUGGGACAGCCUGGAGAUUUGUUCAGAGAUACAGAACAGUACCUUGUGCACAGUCUGAUAUGUUUGGAAAGUACAAAUACACAGGGACAAGGAGCUUGCUGACCAAACAGAAAGGUUCUAAAGCAGCUGAUUUUUUUUUUUGAAAAAGUAUGUUAGUAUCUUAGUUUUUUGUUUUUUUGUAUUGUUUUGUUUUUUUGAGACAGGGUUUCUCUGUAUAACAGUUCUAGUUGUCCUGGAACUAGCUUUUGUAGACCAGGCUGGCCCCAAACUCACAGAGACCCCCCUGCCUCUGCCUCCAAGUGCUGGGAUUAAAGGUGUGCACCACUACUGCCCUACUCAAAAAAGUAUCUAUUAGCCGGGCGAUAGUGGCGCACGCCUUUAAUCCCAGCACUCGGGAGGCAGAGGCAGGCGGAUCUCUGUGAGUUCAAGGCCAGCCUGGUCUACAGAGCUAGUUCCAGGACAGGUUCCAAAGCCACAGAGAAACCCUAUCUCGAAAAAACAAAAACAAAACAAAACAAAACAAAAAAAGUAUCUAUUAAAUGAUCUGAAACUAGUCUUGAGGAAGGGAAAUAAAAAUUCCUAACGUUAUGUUUUCCAAAUCUCUUUUUAAAGAUUUUUUUUAUACAUGUGCACAGACACUGUUCCUCUGUAAUUUAUCAUUUUCUGUAGGAUCUUAAAAAAAAGUAAAAUACCCCAAAGGAAAGCAUCACUAUCAUUCUAUAUUAAAUAGUUGUUUUAAAAAUAUUUAAUAGCUCAUGUAUAUUUUUGAAGGACUCUUAUUUUUCAAAACCAAAACAUUUUAGGGGUUAGAUGUAAUCAGAAUUUUCCUAGUACUCGGGAUGCUCUAGCUUCACUUCCCAACACUGCCAAAAACCAAUUUAAAGGUGGUGAGCAAGAAGCUAGUUUCCAGAAUGGUACACUGGAUGAGCCUGCAUAGUGUUAAGGUUAAGGCUGUGUGGCGUUCAGGUUAACACCAAGGCUUUCCCGUGACAGCAAACGGUUUUUACUGGCUCGCAGGAGGAGUACAGUUUGUCUUGUCUUCUUAUUGUUGGCAUUAAUCUAAUGUACUCACACACACUCUCCUUUUGCAGUAGAAUGACUUGUAUUGGCAGUGUUUGUGUUACCAAUCUAGUCUUUGUAAUGUGAACUUCUCAACCCAAGGAUUCUUGCUUUGGGUGUUUUUCCUUUCUUUUUGGUAAGUUUUUUGAGGUGGAAUAUAAUGUGUUAGAGGUGUGCACAAAACUAUUUUGCAUGUUUUUCUUUCUCUUCUUUUUUUUUCUUUUUUGGGGGAGAGGGGUCUGUGUAGAUUCUUUUUAGCAAAAUAAAAUUCAGAAAAAGAUAGACAAAUACUAAUUUUUAUUCUGUGUAAAGUACUUUCAUUUGUCAUUUUAAAAAAAGUAGCUGACAUCUAAAUGGCCACAAAUAAAAGUCUGAGACAAAAGAGUCCCGUGA